AUGUUUUCUUCCAUUUCGUCAAUCUAUCUAUCUAUCUAUCUAUCUAUCUAUCUAUCUAUCUAUCUAAAGAGAACACAUAUUUUGUGUCUAUUAUACCAGUUUUACUUCUCCAAAAUACUCCUUUCUCCCUAUCUGCUUAUAUUUCCUCUGUCCGUCUUUCCUACUCUCUCUACCCGUUUUUUAUAUCCCCUCUUUCUCUCUCCUUUACUCUCUUUUCAAUAUUUCUUUCUUCCUUUCCUUUUCUAUACAUCUCUUUCUUUUUCUCUUCUUCUCUCUUCCUUCUCCUCUUCUCAUUCUUCAGCCUUUUCUUUAUCUUUCUCUCUGUUCUACCCACUUUCUUUGAUUUUAUCCUCUCUCUCCUACUUUUCUCCUCUUCUAAUUUCUUACUCUUAUCUCCCCUAUAUUUACUUCUCCCUCUCUUCUUUAUUCCCUAUCUCCUUCAACAUCUCUCCCAAAUUCACUCACUCCCUCCAUUUUUCGCCUUCUUUUCCUUUAUUUCCCAGAGAAACUCUCGCCACACCGUCAGUUUUUUUUCCUUCUCUUAACUUCUCCUCCUCUUUCAUUCUUCUUUUCCUUUUCGCUUCUACCCCCUUCCCACUUCUGCAGCUUUCACCUUGUUUCCAUCUCUUCUACCUCAAUCUUUCUUUCUCCUCUCUUUCCAAGAUCCUCAUUUUUUCUGCCUCUCUGUACUUUUUCUUUUCCUUCUUCUCACCUCUCGCAUUCUUUCUUUCCCCCUCUCUAUUUCUUUCUGUUUUUUUUCUUUUUCUUUCUUUCUUCCUUUCUAAUUUCUUUAAUCUCUCUUUCUUUUCAUAUUUCUCUCAGCCUUUUCUCGUGUCACAAUCUGGAUUGCGUAUUAUAAAGACAUUUUUUCUACAUCAUUGA